CCGAAAUUUCGACUAGUUUUUUUUCUUCUUUUUUAUAAUCAUCUGCAUUUUUAAAUUAUCAAUAUGUCUUUGACUCUCGAUUUUUUGCUCCCUCCCCCCCCUGCUUCUUACAAGUCUGAAGAGCCCGUUGUUUCUGGUUCUUUAAGUGCUCCUACUGAUCGUCUUAUUGAACCCGUCGGUCGUCAUUUCCUUGCUCAUGCUCGCAGAAAGAACCACAACCGUACUUUCUCUGAAGAUGAACUUCAUCAAGCUCAAGAGAAGGCCAACCAAGUUGUUGAAGAAGAAGAAGUCGAGUUCGAAUAUGAGAAUGUUGACAUUGAUACCGUCAACCAAGAUCCUACUCAAUGGAAGACUCAAGAUAACUAUGCCGUUCUUGGUUUAACCAAGCUCCGUUACAAGGCUACUGAGGAUCAAAUCAAGAAGGCUCAUCGUCGUAUGGUUCUCUUGCACCAUCCCGAUAAGAAGGCUGAUAAGAACGAUGAUGCAUUCUUCAAGUGUAUUGCUAAGGCUUUCGAUACCUUGAUGAACCCCGUCACUCGUCGUCAAUAUGAUUCUGUUGAUUUCGGUAUGGCUUGGUUAGAAGAUGAUGCUCCUACUGCCAAGACCCAAGGUGAUUUCUUUGAGUUAUGGGCUCCUGUCUUUGAACGUGAAGGUCGUUUCUCUACCAAACAACCCGUUCCUUCUCUCGGUGAUGCUUCUACUCCCAAGGAAGAAGUUGAGGCUUUCUACGAUUUCUUCUACAACAUGGACUCUUGGAGAACUUUCGAAUGGUUGGAUAAGGAAGGUGCUGAGGGUUCCGAUAACCGUGAUGAUAAGCGUUACCAAGAAAAGAAGAACCGUGCUCAACGUGCUCAACUCAAGAAGGAAGAUAAUGCUCGUGUCCGUACUCUUGUUGAUACUUGUUUGAGUGUUGAUCCUCGUAUCGCCAUCUUCAAGGCUGAGGAAAAGAAGAAGAGAAACGCAAAGAAGGAUGCUAAGGCUGCUGCUGAUAAGGCUGCUGCUGAAGCUGCUGCCAAGAAGGCUGAAGAGGAGAAGCUUGCUGCUGAAAAGGCUGAAGCCGAUGCUAAGAACGCCAAGGAAGAUUCCAAGAAGGCCAAGGAGAUGGCUAAGCGUGCCAUUAAGAAGGAGAAGAAGACCAUCAAGGCUAUCGUUAAGGAUAACAACUAUGGUUUGGGUAACGCUGCUGCUGCCGCUACCCCCGCUCAAAUUGACUCUCAAUUAUUCAAGCUCGAUGAUAUCCUUGCCAAGAACAAGACUGCUGAAGACCUCGAGGCUCUUCGCAAGUCUUUCGAAAAGGCUGUUGCCGAUAACAACCUUGCCGAAGUCUUCAACGCUGCUCUUUAAAUUUGCAUAAAUCAUAGAAAAAUAAACUUGCCGUGCUUUUUAUUGUUUACAUAGUA